CCAACUCUACGAAAGCCGAAUAUACGUUCUCCAGCUUUCUCGUGUGUCAUCGUAUUGCGAGUGUGCGCGCGUUCGUAGUCGUCGCGUUGCACUUGUGUCGUGCGUCGUUGAAUGUCUUCAACCCGACGGUGAGGAAAGUGAGAGAUUUAGUGUCGAGAGAGCGUCGGUCGCGAGGCAUCCGCGCGCCGUGUCCGAUCGUAAAGAGCGGUUACGCCGAGUUUUCCCGGGAGUGCGAGAAAUAACGGAAAACAGAAAAACGGUCAACGGCGGCGUAGAGAGAGGUACGCUCUCUCUCUCUCUCUCUCUCUCGUGCGCGUGGCGCUCGUGUUUGCGCUCCGUGUAUACGUACAUAGUACAUGUGUGUGUAUGGUGCGCGCGCGCGCGCGUACAAAACGUCGCGUAAAAGCGAGACGGACGACGGCGACUUGAGAGUGGGAAGAAGAGAGAGAUAGAGGUGGAAAAAGUGGGAAGUGUGUCGGGCGCGCGGCGCAUCGUCGUCAUCGGCGAGGAGAAGGUGCCCGGAAGUCGCCUUCUGCUCUUCGAGUGCGAGUCUAUCUGCGGCGCUAGAUAAAUAGACGGACAUAGAGAAGAGGGGUGAGUAAUCGCGGGUGGGCGAGGUAGUCCAAUAGAAAGAAGGGAGAAAAGAAGACACAGGAAGAAGAUACUGUAGGAAGUAAAGAUAGCCGGGGAAGAAAGAGAAGGUGAUCCAUCAGAAGCGGGUGUGCACGUUUAGGUUUGCGUUCGGGUAGACGGAGAACGGGAGCGAGUAAGUGACCGAAAGACAGAACGGGGAAGAAAAUAGAGUAAGAGAGAGACGAGGAUCGGCGUCGCGCGAGUGGAGGAAUGUGAGAAGCGACCGAAGAACAGUGCCCGUCUGUAAACACACACCGUCUCGGGUGAAACGAGGCGGCCCACCAACGACGUUCGAUGACUCGCGCAUUCCCGUCGUUGUCGUCGUGAAGCUACGGCAUCCUCGACGGCGAAGCUGGGCGUCGUGAACCUCGCCGUGCGGGAAGAGAGAGUGUCUACGGGGGCAUCGAUCAUCGUCGUCGUCGUCGUCGUCCUCGUCGCCGCUGCCGUCGCCGCAGCCGCCGGUUCACACGUAUACAUGAACACGCAACACAAAUGACAGUGCACCGGAUUGUGGGCGGACUAGCGAGGUGCUGGCACGACUCGUCGUCGUCAUCUUCGUCGGUUUAGCGGACAAAGAGCGGCACGAGAUGAAUCGAAGAGUGGGAUACAGCAACUACGAUGGCAAGAUCGCCGGGCUCUACGAUCUGGAGGAGACUCUCGGCCGCGGACACUUCGCCGUGGUGAAGUUGGCGCGGCACGUUUUCACGGGCGAGAAGGUCGCAGUGAAGGUCAUCGACAAGAGCAAGCUCGACGAAACUUCGAGGUCGCAUCUCUUCCAGGAGGUGCGCUGCAUGAAGCUGGUGCAACAUCCGAAUGUAGUGCGGCUGUACGAGGUGAUAGACACACAGACCAAGCUAUACUUAAUUCUAGAACUCGGCGAUGGCGGAGACCUCUACGAUUACAUCAUGCGCCACGACAGCGGUCUUAGCGAGGAGGUGGCCAGAACUUACUUCCGGCAGAUAGUUCGAGCUAUAUCGUACUGUCACCGGUUACACGUGGUGCACAGGGAUUUGAAGCCUGAGAAUGUCGUCUUUUUCGAAAAACUCGGCACGGUCAAACUCACGGAUUUCGGAUUCAGCAAUAAAUUCUGUCCCGGUCAGAAGCUCGAGACCUCGUGCGGCUCGUUAGCGUAUUCCGCUCCAGAGAUUCUUCUGGGCGAUAGUUACGACGCGCCCGCAGUAGAUGUCUGGUCGUUAGGUGUAAUAUUGUACAUGUUAGUAUGCGGCCAAGCGCCGUUUCAAGAAGCGAACGACAGCGAAACGCUGACGAUGAUUAUGGACUGCAAAUAUUCGACACCGUCGCACGUGUCCGACGGUUGCAAGCGACUGAUCGCGAAGAUGCUCGUGCGAGAACCCGAAGGCAGAGCGUCUCUCGAGGAGAUUGCGGCGGAUCCGUGGCUGGCGAUCGGUUCCGACUCGGACACAACAGAGACGCUGCCGCUCGUUUCGCGUCAGCAGGUCUCCGACGAUCAUCACAAUCACAUAAUUACCAAAAUGGUUAACGGUAACAUCGCUACCAAGGAAGAGAUAUUGGACGCGCUCGACAAAAACGAAUACAAUCAUAUUACCGCGACGUACUUCUUGAUGGCGGAGAGAAAAUUGCGCGCUCAACGACAGGAACAGAUGCAGAAAGCACGGCCGGAGGUUUUGGAUGUUUCAUCAAGCCGGCAGGACGAUCGGCUAGCAAACCUGCGCGCGGACCAGAAUUCUCUCACCACUGUGAACCAGUCGUUGCUGAAUGUACCGCUGACGCCUGGUGACGUACCGCAGAAUGCACGUACGCGCAAAUGCAGCAUCGUUCAAGAAGAAGAAGACGAAGACGACGAUGUGUCUUCGUGUUCCGGCCGCGACGAGCGUGGCAGUAAUUCCACACUGAAUUCUCUGAAUCGUCGCGGUUCCCGUUCCGAGGGAAAGCUCUCGCAUAUCCUGCAGGAACGAUUGUCGCAGCUUCCGGAAAAGCACGCCGGUGCGAAAUCUGCGCAGAGUCAACAGGUUCCGCAGCAGAAAGAGGACGUCGUUAUCACUGACAGGGGAGAAAGACUGAAGCAGAUUACGAGAAACGAGAAGGAUAAUAAGACGUCGUCGCCGGCACAUGCGUCGGUGAUGGUCAAGAUUCACACGGGUAAUGUCGUUUUGGAAAAAUUGCCUACAUCGAAACAGAUUACCUCGACGUGUGAAGAAAAUCUGAAGAACCGAUUGAGCAACACGAACGCUCCGUCGGCAGGAUGGGCUAGAAAAGCUACCAGCACGGAAGUCCGACCGAAAUCGGUGACGGAAUGUUUGAAGUCGGCCGGACCGGUGCCGGUGAACAAAUGGAGAAUGGGUGCUCAGCACCAUCGAUUCAGCGUACCAUCCACGGAAUCCGCGGUAACAAUUCUUUCAAAACCGUCCGAAAUUCCUACGACUACGACUACCACUACUAUUUUGCACGAAUCGUCGACUGUAUCGAUACCUCUUCAUCCGAUUAGCGACAAUCAAGUGACGUUAACACCUAAGUACAAGACAAUGCCGUCGCCCGGCAGCGGUAAUUCGUCUAGACCGCUCAAUGAAAUUCUGGAGGACGGGGACGGCGUGCAGACACCGGUGAACUCAAGCGAAUGCGGCAGUUCGACAAAAUGCCGCAUCGUCAGGCGAACGGGAUACGAGCAACGGAGAAGCAAGUUCCACAAGACGCGCACUACCUCGUGCUCGAGUUCCGAAACCAGCGAUGACGACAGCGAGAGCCGGAAGAAAAGGGCGCACAAAUUUGGCGCGUCCACAGGCAAACCUUUACCGACGAGACGCGACAGUCACGAUGACUCGAGCGACUCGCAGGAUCCAGGAGGAAACAGCGGCGGACGGGGUGGCGUCGGCGGCGGUGGUGGUGUGAAGAACGGCGAACACACGACAACGGACACGCCGACGACAACCGAAAAUAAUCAAAAUAACAGUAGCGGCACUAACACGACCAACACUAGCACAACGACCGGAGGAGGGAGACAUCGAUGUACCGAGAACCAGGUUAUGUUUGGUAGAAGACAUCGCGCAGGUAGAAGAAGAACCAGCGAAACGCGAUUACGAGAGAGCCAGUCAUUGAAUCGCAUUACCGAAGUCCAGGAAGCCGAAGCACCCUCGUCCUCUCACACUCAACAUCACAUGUCUCGCAACUCGACCAUUCCCGGCCCGCAGUCGAACGUUUCGUCGUCAUCGUCACAGAGCAGCAUGACUUCUCAACACAGCGCUGUUCAUCCAGUAUCUCAUACCGCAACUACUACAGUGCAGAAGGCUAAAGGUCUCGGGGCGAGACUGUUGCAGAGCUGGUCGCUCGGCAGCGGAAAAUCAUCUCUAACAUCCCAAGGCUUAAAUAAACAAUCCGCUCAUAGUCCCGAUGGAAAAAGUAACAACUGUCAACAGCAGUCGAACGAUUGUCAGACGAUCGGUAACGCUGGUGACGAAUUACGUCGCAAGGAUCACAGAUGUGCUAGUCAUUUGCCGUGCAACGAUAAGGAGAAUCGCGGCAAUAGCUCAAUGAAUCGGAACGAGUGCAAGAACAGGAAGAUGCGGCUUCUGAGCCGUUACUUCGCCGUGCACAAGAAGCUCUGCGUACCGCUGCCGGGCAUUUUCGGAAAGGGUCGUCUCUACAAAGCUCGCUCGUGCGGUAGCAUUAGUCGCGAUCGCGUGAGUCCGUCGUCACCGAAGUCGGUGUUGCUGUGUUCCACUGCAACGGCCGACGACAAGUGGCGAGAACGUCAUCAGUGGUGCGACGCUACGACGAAGCAGCAUCGCGGUAGCGACGGUGAUAUCAAUCAGAAUCUAGGCCUCGCGCAUCUCGUGCAAGAAAACAUCGUCGGCAAGGGCUGCACCGGACUGCCCACCGUGUGCCACAUUCAUCUCGGGGACGCUUCCAAGUGUUGCAGCCUUUGUUGAUGAAUCGCUUCUGUUCGAAAGAAACGGAGAACUUUAAAGCGCGUUUAAAUACACGGGACGAGAGGCAAAUACACAAGCGGGUGUUUAGGUAAGCGCGUUUUAAAUCCGUUCCGGUGCCAGUGAACAUAGCUAGCGGCGUGCGCGCGCAAUACUUGUGUUACGACAAUCUUUUUUCGACACUACUAUAUAUUUUCUAGCGAGCUAUUUUAUUAACACAUGCUCUUAGCGACUGUGAGAGAUCUGAUUUUUUAGUUUUUGACAAAAGUUUUUUGCGAUCCGAAACAGCGUAAAUGCCGCAUCUCUGGCACAUCCUAAACAAAAACAAAAAAAAAGAAAAAGAAACAAGAGAGUAGUGGCUAACGAUUACUUCAUUUUAAAUGCGAAAUAUUAAGAAUAGAUCUAUUUAUCGAUAACAUAAUUAUUUAGAAGUGCAAUGUUCACGUGUAAUUAAUUGUCCGAGAAACGUACGACCUCUCUUCUAUGCUAGCGGCCGUUUUACAUUAAGUUUAUGAAAACACGCAAUGAUAAUAAUUGAUGUUCGCGCAUGUGUGCGGUAAUCGUUAAUCACGAUAUUAUUAAGGAUUUACGUGGCUCCGGUUUGCCAUCGACAAUUCGACUGAUCACACAUCAUAUCCCCGCUGGUCAACUGUAAAGCACAGGGAUCAAGACAGAAAUAAGAAAAGGAAAGAGCGUACCGUAUUUUCGGAUCGAUCGCUUCGGGAGAGCUGUAUCUAGUCCAUGUGAACAAACAUACUUGUAUUAAAUAUUGCAGAGUUUAUGAUGAUGAGAGAGAGAUUAUUAUAUUAUUAUAUUAUUAUAUAUAUAAUAUUAUAAUAUAUAUAUAUAUAUUAUUAUAUACAUUAUACCACUCUUACUCUCUCUGCUACUACUACUAUUACCGCUAUUAUUACUAAUACAAUCGCGCUAUUAUAUUAUGCGAUAUCUCCACGGAUUUUAUCGCUGUCGUCAUUGUCAUCAUCAUUAUCAUCAUCAUCAUCAUCAUCAUCAACAUUAUCAUUAUCAUCGCUGCCUUCGACUUCUCAUUUCAUAAAUACUUACAAUGCAAACAAAAAAAUCUAAUAUUAUACAUACACACAAUAUAAUAAUAUCACAAAUGCAUUGCAAAACACCGUUGACGUUCACCGAUUUUUAUCACAUAGAUGCAAUUUGCUGCGAUCGAUCAGUGCAUAAUCGCGCAGUGUGCGAUAAGUGUCUUCCUCGUUCCUCCCCUUUUUCAUUUUUCUUUCCGAUGUUUCCCGUUUAUUUAAGUACAGUGUUCCCCUGUUCUUCUCUCCUCUCCUUAGAUGACAUUGCCUUUAGAAAGCUUCCUAAGCUCGUUAACUUAUUGAGACGAAGAACAGAUAAUUUCCGAAUGGCGAUUGAUUAUAUUUAUAUACACAUAUAUUGUAAUGCGGAUAUAUUAAACUGCGGAUGUAGAAAGGAUGUGCGAGUGUCUUACAACGGCAGCCUGAAUUAAGCGUUUAAGGGGGAAAAAAUUAAAAAAAAAUAAAAAUAAAAAAACAAAAGAAACUUGUUCCACGUUUGUACAUGUCCGUUGAACACGGUGCGGAAGUAAAGUGUAUACUUCUCGAAAACAAGCGAGCGUGCGCGACGUGUAAUAAAGCCCACCGAGUGCAUAAUACUGUGCGCGGAUAUUAGAAGCUUAAGGCGAUAUAAGAGCAAUUGUCAUUAGUCGAUCUAUAUUUGUAGAUCUAAAUAAUCAGCAGCGAACAAAAAAAAAACAAACCAAAAAAAAAGAUCCUGUUGAACGUGCUUGCCGGUUAAGCACGUCGAGAUGUUCUUCGAUCAUUUGUUCUUUCGAGUGUUCGCGCCAUGUAUUAACAUGAUCGGAUAUCGUCGCAUUAGUCAUCGUCAUCGUUUUUCCAUCAUCGUCAUUAUCGCGAAUGUUACAUUUUUUUUUUUUUUUCUAUGUAUGUUACUCCUAAUCGUUGAUAUUGUAUAGAUUCGCAUCUUUCAAUUGGAAAAAAGUAUUUUACCGCAAUUAGAUAUCGUCUUCUGAUUGCAAGUUGCGAGUCGCUGCGUUCAGUAUGUUCGUAAAAAAAAUCAACAAAAAUGUUUUGUCUUAUUUAUUAUUUCUUUUUCAAUGCGAAUGCGUUUUUUUUUUUUUUUUUUUGUUUGCGACACACAUUGAUCACACGCGAUCAUUUCUACUCCGAUUCAUUCUUUUAUUACACUUUGACAUGUGAAUCUCCGUCGAUCGCGGGCGCUGGACGCUCGACACAAAGACACUUUCUCUCUCAUAAGUUCACGAUUUGCAAUCCUACUUUGUGUAUUGUAUAUCACUUGUUGUUGUUUGAGUUAACUAGUGAGACGAAAGCGUACGAUAUGUAAGCUCAAGAAUUCUAAAUGUUGAUGUUAAGAUACAAAGCGACUGUCUUUAAUUAACAACAAACGUAGCGAGAGGCGGUCUCGUUCAGUCGUGCUAAUUCUCGAACACUCUGAUUACUUUCCUAAUUUGUUUUUUUCAAUUCGCAGCGCUUUUUCAAACGAGAUGAGUCGAUUGUAACUUCUUUGACAAAGACUGAGAAUCGCGCGCAAUGAUUUCGAUGAUAUAUCUCUGACCACUCGAACUAUCACUUUUAUGCGUCGCACGAUGACGAUGACCUAACGAGACCAAAAAAUGAUAAUUCGUAAGAAUUCACAGACCUAAGUUUUGCGCUAGCUACAAAGUGCAAUACAAAAUCGUACAAAGCCAAGUACCUUGCGUCGGUGUAGUCGUUGAUUUUAAGAAUUCGACUCGAUUUUAUCUUUUUCACCCUACUAUUACUGUAGCGUAUUGCGACUCGGGAUCUAUCUUCGAAGCUCGGAGCUAACAAUCGCGGUGUACAUGGGCAUUAACGUUAUAUUCCGGUGUGUGAGUAAUAUCGCGGAAGAGAAAAAAAACAUGAUAGGGAAACAUUUAUAAGAUAACAAAAGCGAACAGUUUAUGCGUAGAUUGUUGUUGCAAUCGAAAACGAAGAGAAGAAUUAAUUAUUUAGCGCGACAGCUCAAGCAAAAUCUCUUUGCAAAAAAAAAGCCUCUAUAUAGAUCUAACCCUCGCGGCUCUUGUCUCGGUCCUAUUAUUUAUGUAAUAACACACACACAGACACACACACACACAAAGCGGAAAGUGUCUCUCGUGAGAAAGAUAAACGGAUUCUGGAGCUGCGAACAGAGCGGAGUGUCUCUUCCAUGUACAUAUCUUCGACAUUUUCCUGCGUCCGGGAAAAUUUACUUGCUCUAACGCGAGUUAACGAAUUAAUUAAGAAAGAGAGGGGAAAAUAAAGAGAGUAAGAUAUUUUCGUGCUGUAAAAAAAAAAACGGAAGAAGAACGCGCCGAUUCACUGGUGGAAUUUCCUAAGAUGCGAUAUAUACGCACACAUAAGUAUAAUAUUGUGAAACUCUCUAAAGAGUACAUAAGAGUUAUAGACGUCAAACGUAAAUACCUGUUGCGAACUCUUAUCGGCUUCGUUGCUAUUGCGCUGUUAAUUAGUCGCCCUCUCUCUCUCUCUCUCUCUCUCCCCCUUCUUCAUCUUCUUCGGAAUAAAGCCGCUGUGUUUCGAGCGUGUUGCACACAUACACGUACACACACACAUACACACAUAGGACACAUACACUGCGAGAGGGAAUUUUCUAAACGGUCUAUUUUUUUCUCAUUCGUCCUAAUGUCUAUCCGGCCUGAACAGACCAAAGCCCCCCGUCAUCCCCGUAGCGUCCGAUUUCAUCCCGAUUUACUGCCAGCUGUUAACGACACACCACUUUGCUAAAAAAAAAAAAAAAAAAAACCGGCAUACGAUGAGAUCUGUAAACCGCCAAACAUGAUCGUUCAUGCACUGUGUGCUCGGACGAAAUAAACGAAAAAUGACAAAGUUAACACCUUGACAAUAUCAUAUCUCCUCCACUCUCCCUGUUAUUUGUAUUAUAUUCUUUCAGUAUUAUCUCCUUUUAGCGUAUUUUUAUCGAAAUAGAAUAGAUAAGUGAGGUAAGAAAUUGAUCAGUCCUUACAUAGUCAUAAAGUUUUGUAUUUAUAAAUUCGUUCGUUAAUAAUACGAUGUGUGUGUAAUAUUAAUCUCUGCUUAUAUAAAUUCUCUUUCAAAGUAGUAACAUAAUUAUAUAUCGUAAUCAUUGAAAAAAAAAAAAAAGAAUAACAAGAGGGAAUGUAACAUGUGUGAGGGAGGGGAUCAAGCAAGUCCACAGAUGUGAGGAUGAAACACAAAUUGCCAUAUUGCGCAAAACGUAAUUAAUUAAUUUAAUAUUGAUUUUGUAACAAACAAAAAUCAGUAAAGUUAAUAUCACACGGAAUAAUGCCGAUUUGUGAACGACGAUUUUUUAAAUUCUACGAGAAUGGGAGAAAGACGAACUUUUUGUUAUUGUUAUGAUCAUCUUCUGGCGCCCUCGUUAGCUUUUUCAUUAAAUAAGUUCCAAGAAUUUUUUUUAGAAAAUUCAUUUAACCAACAACUUAAAAUAUCCCGCUCUGCAUUUGACAACACGUUAUAGGUGCUAGAUAAGACUGAUUGGCUUAGCCAGUCAGAUUGACUCUUUAGUCUUGACAUCACCUCCCUCGUUUGCAUUGACGCGUUAUACUCUCUCAUCAUUAUAGCAAACUGUGUAUCUUACAUAUCGUGCGCGCGCGCGUUUAUAUCAAAACAAAAUUAUAUAUCCGUAGAGGCACUUGUUUAUAAAAAAAAAAAAAACAAAAAAUAUUUACAGCAAUAGAAGGUGAGUGUUUACUUAUACAGUAUAAUAUGAGUUUUACGUAUAACAGUAAUAUGUUUACUUACAAACUAAUCAUACAUUUUACAUUCUAAAGCGCAAAAACGUACGUCUUAUAAAUUAAUUUGUUCGCUUAAUUUGUCUUCUAACAGUAAAAAAAAAAAAAAAAAA